CUAGAAGAACAAGAAAAACAAGCAAAAAUACUUAACAGCUACAAUAAAUGGUGCAAAAUCAAGGAAGCAGCAAAUUACUGGAAACAAAGAGAUCAGGCGAACAACGGUGAAGCAAAUGAUGAUGAUGUCGUUUCAACUCCAAAACCCAGUCCAACAAGCUCCGAUACAUUGGAAACAACGGAGACUGUGGAAUCAGCACCCUUGGACGAAGCCAAAAAAAUGAUUUCCAAGGGUCUUCAAAUUAACGAUGGCCACAGAGACCAUUGUAACAGGAAAAGCAUAUACAAUUCUCUUAAAUUCAAGGGUACGGACCAUAAAUUCCUCGCUAAUAUUAUGAUGGUGCUCAUAUCAAUUGUUAACGGCCAGAAUUGUGGAACAUCGAGGAUAGAUACGGUGACUAAAGUUCUGACAUUAACAAGUAACAUCACUGAUCCCAUGGUCACACAAUUGCUCUCAUAUGUUAACUCGAUGGUUGAAACACUCCCAUUUGAUAACCAAACAGAAAAAAUCAAAGAGUUUGAGUUAUGCACCAGAUAUCUCCAGCCACUUUUUCCACCACUUUUUGACAGUGGUGAUGAUAAUAUUAUCUUCAAACGAACUAAUACUAAUGGAUUGGACGAUAACUUAAUAAAAAGUCGACCAGAUGGAUGCAUAAAAAUGUUUCAAAAAUCAAUCGUGUUUAUUGAGGUAAAACCAAUGGACAAGGCAAAGAAUCACAGAGAAAUCAAUGUUGAUUUGCAUCGUUUACGUAUAUUUUCAAAAGAGGCAACAACCCAAUACAAGUUGAAGCACACAUUUGUAGUAAUGGCGAUUGGU